GCCCGGCAUGAACCGCAAGAAGCUGCAGAAGUUGACGGACGCCUUCACGAGAAAUUGCAAGCACUUUAAUAAAUUUGAAGUGAACUGUCUCAUAACACUUUUUUAUAACUUGGUUGGAGAAGGAGUAGAGCGCCCAGGCACGGUCAUUGGACUAGAUCGUAAUGCAUUUAGAAACAUUUUGCAUGUUACGUUUGGAAUGACAGAUGACAUGAUCAUAGACAGAGUAUUCCGAGGUUUUGACAAAGACAACGAUGGCUAUGUGAAUGUAUCAGAGUGGAUUAAUGGAUUAUCAUUGUUUCUUCGAGGAUCUUUGGAAGACAAAAUGAAAUAUUGCUUUGAAGUGUUUGAUUUGAAUGGUGAUGGGUUCAUUUCCAAAGAGGAAAUGUUUCACAUGUUGAAGAACAGCCUCCUCAAACAGCCAUCAGAGGAAGAUCCUGAUGAAGGAAUUAAAGAUUUGGUUGAGAUAACACUUAAGAAAAUGGACCAUGACCACGAUGGAAAACUGUCUUUUGCAGACUAUGAAAAGACCGUGAGAGAGGAGACUCUUCUGCUAGAGGCUUUUGGACCAUGUCUCCCUGAUCCGAAGAGCCAGAUGGAAUUUGAAGCUCAAGUAUUCAAAGAUCCAAAUGAAUUUAAUGAUAUGUGAAUACGUAAAUGUCUGUAUUAUCUUAGGGGCUGAGUGAAGACUGUGGGCGAGCAGUUAAAAUUUGGGGGAAGCAAGAUAGCCUUCCACUCCCCGGCUCCCUGACACCUUGGCUUCCUCUUCUCCUCCCAGCACACUGAGUGGACCUCUGGGAGAGGGGCACCUCACCCCACAAGCAACAUGGAGAGAUUCUGUUUGGGAAACAAUCAAGUGCUUUUUUUUUAACUCCAGGAUUUAAAAACCACUGUUGAAAACUGGUAGUCCUGCAUUCUUAGCCUGCAAAUAUCUCUGCGUACAAGACUGCACUUGUAGGAAACCAGGCCUGCAAUUGCUUGCACCCUAAAAUUAUCCAAAACAUUCUCUAAGUUCCCACUUUGUGCAACUCAUGAGGGUUAAUAUAGUCUAAGUCAAUUGCCCCUGCCCUCACCCCAUUUGUGACCAAAAUGACCAUUCUUGGCCGUUGCUGCUUGUGUUGUCAUCUGUCACUGCUUGGGUUCCCAGUUGCAACUUCUCUCCUGCCCCUCCACCAUUUCUAGCAAACAAGUUUGUUAAAGGAGGUUGAAAUCAAUUACUUUGAAACUAUGGAGACCACCCUCCGGAAAGGUUUCUCUAAGCUGCUCUUGAGGCUCUCCAUUUUAUCUCACUGGGUCCCACUUUCUCACAGAAUCACCCCUCACUCUUGCCCAGUCACCCAUAGCUCGUGGCCAGCUCCCACCAAGCGUGGCCAAGAGAGGACUGGAACUUGCAUUAGACGUAGAGUGACUAGGAAAGACACAUAAUAAAACAGAGAUUUAACCCACAUAUAUAUUCACUGCAGUUCAGCAAAUUGUGAGGAUGGCUUGAUACUAUUUCAAGAAGAGGCAGAAGGAAUAUAUUUGUGUUUUCUGAUUUAAUGACUGCCCUCUCAGCUAGAGAGCAAAGCGGGUAGUCUCUUGAAGUGUUUUGCAGUCUCAGUAUCACGAGGGAAAAGCCAAUCCAAAUACUUACUUACCAGGUAAAGCAAAGCUCCCUUCUCAUUGGUGUCACUCGAGUGAACUCCUCAGUUUCAUGGGAGAGUAAAAAAGGAAGGACGUCUAACAGUGAAAUAUCCUGAGUAAAACUAAGCAUGCUUUUGCAUUUGAAAUGUCUUUGCGCCAGCUUCAUCGUCAGUAAUUUGUGGCUUUCUGUGGACUUCAUGCCUCCUACCUAAUCGGUCAAGAAAAUAUUCCUCCCCCUAAGACACACAUCCUCUUGUUUAUUUUUACUUCCCUCCUGCCUGUUUUGUUCCACACUGCCCCUAUUGUGUGGCCCCAGCCAGGCUCACCGAGUUCCCUGGGGUGAGAGCUUGUCAACUUAAAGGACAUUUGAAGACGUUGGGUGAAAUACAGGCGGUCCUCCCCUACCCUGAGGUGCACUUUCCCAGCUCUAUCCAUAUCUCUGGAGUCUUCGCUUAGAAAAGGGACGCCUGUGCAGCCCACCACCUGAGUGAGGACACCACAUCUCAGAGCCAGUCGACACUGAUGCCGAGAUGGAAAAUAACAUGGACGCAAGCAGAGGGAUUUAGAAAUCCCUGCAAGUGGCAUUUAGAACUUAAGCCACUACCUCCCGAUAGGAACAAUUAACCUAAAAGCACAGGAUGGCCCAGAAGGUUAGCUAAAGCCAAUUGGGCAAGUCUUCCUUAAUGAAUCCUUCAUAACUGUGAUAGAAUCAGAAAAUAAAAUAAAUGAAAUGAAACAAGCCCCGUGAUCUCAGUAAUAUGCCAUAUGAAACUCCAGCGAGCACUCUUGUUCCAGGCUGCGCUGGGCACGUUACUUUCAUGAUCUCACUAAUUUCUCAUAACUACCCUAAGAGAUUUUUAAAAUAAACAGUAUUUUCUAUUUCCAUCCUACAUAUCAAGGAAAUUGGGUUUAGGAAAACUAAGACAUUUCCUAUGUGUCUCAAACUUGUAUAGAGCAAAGCCAAGACUCAGACCUUAUCUAGUUCUAAUAAUAAAGCCUUUGACCGGA